GCAACCGUGGUUCAGUCGCUGUAUGAAUGGCAGGGCGCUGUGCAACGUGUCGUCUUUCCGGAAGUGUGCAUCUUGGUUUAGACUGAUAUUUCUGCACUUCUCAGUUGAUUGUCCUUAAUAUGUACAGUAUGAAUUUAACGCGAGCUGGAUACUCAGACUUUAUUUUGCACGUAGCAGGUAUUCGGUUUUAUUGCACUGAUUAUAAUGCAGAAAGCGUCAGUAUUUCAACGGGUAGAAAAUUAGCUGUCUAGCUAGCUCCGCCCAAGAUUUGGUUACUAUAGAGAUGACAGCUGAGAAAGAUGGGCUAUUUGAGGAUCCAGACUUUACAUCUGAUGACUCCGCCCUCUUCUCGGAUUACACCACGCCCCUUUCCAGGCUCACCGGGAAAGUCACCUGGCUCCGUCCCGAGCAAAUCUGUACGACUCCAUGCCUCUUCCCUGAUGACUUUAAUGAGGCUUACCCAAAGCAAGGCAUUCUGGGAGACUGCUGGUUGCUGUGUGCUUGUAACAUGCUGCUGAAGAACCGCUAUCUGCUGGAUCAGGUGAUGCCCCCUGGACAGUGUGUGUGGGGGCAGAGAGGUUACACUGGUCAGUUUCGGUUCCAAUUUUGGAGGAAUGGCCACUGGACUGAAGUUCGGAUAGAUGAUCGUCUGCCCUGCAUCAACAACACACCCUGUUUCUCUCGCUGUCACAGCCCCAUGGCUUUCUGGGUAGGAUUAUUGGAGAAAGCAUAUGCAAAGCUGCAUGGUUCAUAUGAGCGUUUAUGGGCAGGACAGGUGUGUGAGGCAGUCGUGGACCUGAGUGGGGGUGUGGCUGAACGCUGGAGUUUAAAAAAGUCUGUGAACACACCUGGUGGGGGGAACUUGUUCCCAGAGCUCUCAGAGGAGAUGAGGAAGCAGAGUUACAUCAGUUGCUGUGUACACGAAGCCCCUGAAGGUGCCCCUGAGCAGGGUCAGUUCCACGCUCUCAGUGUAAUGGAGUGGAAAGAUGUGAAAACAAUUGCUGGAGCACAAGUGCAGCUGCUGCAGAUACGCAACCCGUGGGGCAGGAGGUGCUGGGAAGGAGCCUGGACUGAGAAAGGAGCAGGGUGGACUUUGCUGGACCCCUCAUGCUCUGCAGAUCUGCUGGGCCACACAAAGGAGGGGGAAUUCUGGGUAGAUGAGAUGGAAUUCCAGCAGAAAUUUGAUGAAGUCACUGUAGGAUAUCCAAUCAGUGAGGAUCAUCAUCUUCAGAGCAUUUACACGGGGUCUCUCUUGACUCACACCCAGCAGAUAGGUGGCUCCUGGGUCAAAGGCCAUUCAGCAGGGGGUUGCCGUAACAACAGUAGCUACAGCAGCAAUCCUAAAUUUUGGUUAAAGGUUCAGGAAGGAGGAGAGGUGCUCAUGUCAGUCCUGCAGCAUGGACCAUGGAGCUCACUGUACAAUUCCCAGAAAGGGCAAUCAGUUGGCAACACUCAUCAGCACCCGUACUAUCAGGCCAUUGCGCUGCACGUAUGGAAGGUGGACAAAAAGCGCUUUAACUUGACGCGGACACUGAACUCGAUGCCCUGUGCAUCCUCACUCACACACACAUAUGAGCGUGAGGUGGUGGUACACGCACACUUAAGUGCUGGGUUCUACCUGCUCGUGCCCAGCACCUUCCUACAGGGAGCACAGGGGCACUUCCUUCUUCGAGUGCAUGCUACUUGCCCCACUUACCUCAGUGCAGUAAAGGUGAAUGUGCAGCAGGAGUGUGUAGGUGGAGAAUGGGAGAUGGCAUGUGUGAGCGGCUGCUGGACAGUCGGCUCUACAGCUGGAGGAGGUCGGAACUUCCCGUCACAUGGGCAGAACCCUCAUGUUCCCCUCAGAGUGACUUAUGACCCUGGGGGUACAAACGUUAGAGUCACGCUACGACAGCAUAGCCCAGAGAACAAUCUUCAUGCCAUUGGCUUUCAUAUUUAUAAGGUCGUCGGUGAAGCGGACUGCAUGGUGAUUUCAGGUACAGUGUGCCCUGUGGUGAGCUGUGUUCCUCACUCUCACUCUCAGGAAGUCAGUGUCCAGUGUAGGCUGCCCCCUGCUGGCUAUGUCAUUCUGCCCUCCACUUACCAGCCAGACUGCAGUGCAGAAUACACACUCACCAUCGCAUGGAAAAUACCAAGGAAAGCAAUAAGCUGUCAGGAGCGUUUGGGCCAGGCAGUUCAAGAGCUGCCCUCAGCUGAUUUGGAGCCACUCUGGUUGGAGCCAAUAAUGUUCUUCAAGCCUCUCCAAACAUCACACAGGUUUUUCUGCUCCAAUUUGUUCUCCAGACUUCUCAUGUCUCUGUGAUGGGGCUGUAGUGUUUCAGAGGAGGGUGCUCUUUCUGUCUCCAGCUUUCUGCUGACGUGGGUUGUUUGAUACUGGCCAUAGAUGAAAGCCAAAGAGUUUACAUCUCGUUUAGUACAUCUUGUCUACUGGGCCGACUCUAAUGAAAUCCGAUGGCGCUCUGCCCUGCCAUCUAAUAGGAGCUAUUGAAGCUGCCGCCCAUGCCAUGGUCUCUCUCGUGGCUUUUACAAACACUGUGCUGCCAUACAAUGAUCAGUUGAAAGCAAAGUGUUCUACCAUCAAGAACAAAGAGUUCACUCAGGGAGAGAGUUACCGGCUGACCCAUACAGAGCUGGUGUGCCUGCCAACAGCCAAACCAGGAUUGAGAAAGAGAGUGGUGAACAAGUCAGCUCUCAUUCCUUCUAAAGUGGCCAAUGGCUGUUUUAGAACAGCAUAUUUUUAUAGACCAAAUAGGUCACAUACUAUGUUGUAAAUGUUUGAGCAAAUUUUACUGUGGUACAAACUCAACACAGUUAUUCUUUUAGGUAAAAUAAGUGUCUACUGUCACCUACCCUUUGCUCUGCAUAUAUAUUGUGUGAGUUUGUGUUUACAAUUUAACAAAUAAACUGGUGCAAACUGGUGGAAAACAACUGUCUUUAAAUUAUUUUUGCUGCUCUGUGACUAACUUGUUUUUCAUUUUUCUUUUAACAUACCUGGUUCUUGCUGAAAAUUAGUGUGAAGAACCCAGUAAGCUUGUCUGCAUGGAUACAAUGCAAGCUUAAAUCUGGACCAGAUGGGCUGAACUGCAGUCCAGGAAGGCCUGAGACAUGCACAGUUUGAUGAUUUCCCUGCUCAAUAUGCCAUUCUCCAUAUCAUCUCAAAUAUAGACUACAAAAAAUAAAAUGUAAACAAAUAUGGUGUUUUCAUUCACAUUUUCUACCCAAAAACAUUUAAGGCCUUACACAAUUCUUGUAUACAUCCUUAUCAUAUAAAACUUUGGAAUAAUUAAAAAUCCUUUGGUUUUAAUAAGCUUUGUUGUUAUGUUAAGAAUGCAAUUUUUAUUUCUCUGCAUAUAUUUGAUAUCCCCCUUGGAACGCCAGUGUUUCCAGUGUAGAAAUGCUUCUCCAAUAUUAAUUUGUCAUCUUUUUUGGUCCAUUAGUUCCUUACACUUAUUGUCAUGGUGGUCUGUUUUCCUUUUCUUUGCGAUUAUAAUAUUAGUCUUCAGCCAGCAAACGUAUAGCCACAUUGACAAAUAUCACACAAGAAGAACUGACUGGAUCAAUGUUACUGCUAAUACUGAAUACCUAAUGCUCUCCAGACCUGCCUGAUCCAUCCUGAUGCCCUACUUCUGGUUGGAGUUCUCAUCACUUGGAAAUCACUCGCUGUUGCUGAGGAUGGACCCACAUGGACAGCCUAAAGAUCAAUGAGAUUACUGAGGAUGGUGCCACUUAAAAACCAUGAAGAUGGCUUUGGACUUUAAUUGAGAUUAUAGCUUUAGGACUGCAAUUGCCACAGUUUUGCAUUCAAGUCUCCAUCAGUGAACAGUUGAACUUCAGCAAAAUAGACCAUGUGAAAAAUAUAAUUUCCUAUUUACACAAUUACACUUGUUGACCAUGUAGUACACAGUUAUAGAAGGGAAUUAUUUAUAGCUGCACUUUUCGUUAUCACCCAGAUGAAGAUGGGUUCCCUUUCGAGUCUGGAUCCUCUCAAGGUUUCUUCCUCAUAUCGUCUCAGGGAGUUUUUCCAUGCCACUGUCACUUCUGGCUUGCUCAUUUGGGAUAAAUUUGUAUGUUUAAAAUUUAUAUCCUGAAUUUGUAUAUUUCUGUAAAGCUGCUCUGUGACACUGGCCAUUGUUAAAAGCGUUAUACAAAUAAAACUGAAUUGAAUUGAAUACUGCGAGUACAGUUUCAGACUAAUAUUACAUUAGAACUACAACAUAACUGAGCCUAAGUCUGAAUGUGGCAUCCAAAGGAACAGGCCUGUUUGAGUAUAUGAAAAGUUUGUAUCAUUAAGUACAGAAUAGUUGGGA